CAGAACAUUACAUUUUUGAUUAAUUUAUUAAUUAGUUAUCUAGUCUUAUGCAAUUAAUUUUUAUGGCUAGGAAAAGGAAAAUACAUAUACCUACUAACGCUUUCAAACAAAUAUAUACAUAUUCAUCUUUAACUUUCACCUUUACCUUAACAUGUCAAGGUUAACUGAGGUAAGCUACCCUAAUUUGAAUUCCAUAUUCCGAUUUUAUGUUUGUAUUUUGAGGGCUGAAUGGUCAGUAUGGCAACCGUAUAAAGCGCAAUAAAGCCGAUCGAAUAAUGAACCCUUUAAAAACCUCCCUGUGUCCCUUAUAACAGUUUGUUAAUGAGUUAAGAAUAAUUGUUCCACUUUUAUCAUCCUCUUCACACUGUAAGUACCUACUUAUUCAUUAUGAAUUUAUUCACCUAAAGCAUGGCAUUUUCUACAUUGUAGUUGAAGUUUCAGGUCCUUCAUAACAAUGCACGCAUUUGCAAAAAAAGACACCGAUAAUCUAGGAAUGAUAGUUAAAAGGGUCAGCGUCCCUAUCGGCCUAGAGGAACUAAUGGAAGGCCUUACCAAAGAAGUGCUUUUAAAAAAACCAAAAGAUCUUUACAUUUUUGCCUCAGAAUACUUUUCCCAUUUGGUUAAUAUAAGAGACCAAACUACUGAUCGCAAAACUUAUCCUAUCCGAUCUAUCCAAUCAAUAACCCACUUGAAACCACCAGAUAUCGUCCAAGGAAAGAAAAUAACAACUACAAGACCAACCAGGCAUUUGUCGAGGCAAAAAAGCAUGAGAAGCAAAUCUCCAGUAGUCUCGAAAAAUAUGCAAACCGAAUCGAAGAGACACAGUACUCGAAAAAGCCAAGAUCACAAAGAAAAUGUUAAGGAACCAUCAAAGCCUUUAGUUAAAAGGGAAAGAUCUACGAGUACUACAAAAAAAGAUUCUUCAACACCUAGAAGUAUUUCAAGUGUGCAAAGUACUCCGAGAGAAAAACGACAAAACUCUAAUUCCAGAUUGAAGUUAAAUGAUGAUUCUAAUAAAAAUGUGGUUAAGCAACCUAAAGCUAGAAGUGAAUCAAAAUCUUUUAUUUCUGCUGGCAGCGAAUUGGAAAACGAAAUUGGUGCAAAGAAAAUUUUACCUGAAGAUAUUAAGAAAACCUCUCAAGAUAUUUUGGAUUCGGAUAUUUGGGCUGCAACAACAAACCUUAAGCAAGUUUCUAAAUUAGAAAAUACAAGUGAUAAAGGAAUAAUAAAAACUAAUAAAAGUGAAAACUUAGAUUUUGUCAAUAUUGAUACUGAAAUGGAAGAUUCUGGAUGCGAUAAUAGAAGUUCGAUAUCUAAUAAUGAUGCCAUAUCUGAACAAAGUGAACUACUCAAUAAAACUAGAGAGGAAGAAACUGAGAAAAUUGAAAAAAAUAUGCAGGAAACUACAAUUAAAAGUAAUAAUAAUUCAAUAGUCGGUGGUACAAAUGAUUCUGAAGUUUAUGAUAAAAUGGAAGAAAUUGAAAAAGAAUUAUCAGCUAGAGAAACCAAUUCUAUGAAUAAAAAUGUCGAAGGCAUUACAGAUACUACAGUAGGAAAAGCUAUUGAAAAAUAUUCCACAGAUUUGGAUAAAAAUGUCAAAGAUGCGACCAACAAAACCCUUGAAGAAGUUGAAGCCCGCACUGAUGAUCCUGAGAAAACUAAUAAUUUACCAGAUGGUCAAGUGAAUGAAACUUAUAUUAGUGCAUCUGAUGAAAUUAAUGAACCCCAUGGAACUGGGAGUGAAGUUGAAGCUAAUAAGACUAGUUUGGAUACAAAGAAAGAAGUAGCCAAAGAAGAUGAUGAGGUAAAAGAAGCAAACAAAAUUGGCACAGAAAAUACAUUCACUUCAAAUGUAGCAGAAAUAGAAGAAAAUCCAGAAACUAAAGAAGAUCAUACAAAUACAGAGCUUAGCAAAAAUAUUUUGGAUAUAGAAGAAGAAAAAACGUUAGCUAAUGGAGAUUAUUCUGGAAAUGAAGUUAUAGCUACUAAAGAUGAUCCCAAUAACGUUCAGUUAGAGGCAGAAAAUAAAGAUGACUUGAACUUGAAUAAAAAAGAUGGAAGAGCAAUAUCCAAUGAAAAUGAAGGAAAAUAUUGUGAAGCAAUUAAGGAACUGGAAGGCAAAGAAAAAAAUGGAGAUGAAUUCAACAAUAUAAAACAACAAAGCGAAGAUUAUUCCAACAACAAAGGCAUAGAACAAAUAAAAAAUGAUCAAGAGUGCGGUUCUGAAAAUUUGAAAGAAAAUUUAGCAGAAGAUAAGAGAGCAAUCGAGCAAUUGGAAAUUAAAGCUGUUGCUGAUCAAAAUACGAGUUCAGACUCGAUUGCUAGUGAAGACAAUAAUUCUUCAAAAUCUGUAGAAAAAGAUAAAAACCCUGGAGAAAACGUAUUGAAUAUACAAAUGAAAUCAAUGGACGAUUCAAAUGAUGUUCUUAUUGUCAGUAUUUCUUCUCCAAAAAUUGGUGAAUCUAGCAGCGAAAACAGUGAAGUCCCUAAAUUAGCCCAACCUAAGCCAAAAGAAGAUGCUAUUGAAAAAACUAACUUUUUUCGUGAAAAUGAAGAAAUGGGUGCUGCAGAAAAUAAUAAAGUAACCUCGGAUAAUAAUUUAAAUAUAGAAAUCAAUUCAGAAAAGACAUCUUCUGAACCAGAAGCCAAGAAAAUAGAAGUAGAAGCUGAUAAUAAUGAUGCAUCUCUAGAAGUAACAGCUAAAGACGGCCAAAACGAAGACAUUUUAAGCAAGUUUGAUGCAGCAAAAAAGGAAAUAAUUAUUGCUAAAGAAGAUAUUGUAAACUCAAAUGCCAAGCCAGAAGAACCUAAAAAUACUCAUAGCUUAGAGGUUAACAAAGCAGUGAAGCAUUCAUCUUUAGAUUUAAGCAUCGAUAAACCACCAACACAAAAACCAUAUCUUACCACAGAAAAAACUUUAGCUUUCAAUUCAGUCAAAGAUCUUCUAGAUUUUGAUAACACUUUAAUGAAUAAAAAUGACGAAGAAAAUAAUUCUAGCGAAGAAUCAAAUCAAUUAAAAUUAAUAAUUGUUGAAAACGAAUCUAUGGAUGACAAUAUUCCAAGUCAAAAAUCAUCAAAUAAUGAUCGGAAUAAAAGAAGUAUAACUAUAGAGGAGAUUGAAGAAACUGGUUUAAAUGAUAACUCAGAAAACAGCAAAGAUAAUAAAGUUACUCUUGUAUCUAGUACUGAGGAAAAUCAAGGUAUAAAACCUAAGACAUUAGACAGUCAAGAUACCUCUUUAGAUCAAGACUUUAUUACAACAGAUAGUUCUGAUAAAGAAUCUGCGAAUGAUGGAAACAGUGUUUCGAAAAUUGAGAACGGCUCUCUUAUAAGUGAACAGAAUGAGAAAAGCGUAAGCGAAUCUCAAGAUAAUAAGCCACUUGAGAAGGAUGAACUAAGAAGUGAAAACGCAGAUCAACCAAUUAUUAAAAAAACUGGCUCUGAGUCAGUAAUUGAAGAAGGCGAUAAAAUCAAAAUUGAAAAACAUACUGCAGGAGUAAGUGAAGAAAACACAAAAGAUGUAGCUGAUAAUCCAGAUGUCAGAAAGGCACCAAAAAUAGGAGACAUCGAACAAGUAGCUACAGUAAUUGAAGUUAUCAGCAACAUCUUCAAUUCAAAAUCCACUGAAAAAUCUAGCAUCAAUGAAAUACGACAUUAUUUAAAUAAUUUUCUUCAAAACGAACAAUCAAAUGUAUUCCAUGGUGAAAAGUCCCAACAAAGCAGCAUAGAAUCAUUUAAAAAUGAUAAAAACAGCAAAAAGAAGAGUAUGCUACCAAAAAGCAAACAAGAAAGACCACUUUCACAGACAAACCUGCUCAACAACAAAAAACCGGAUUCCGAUGCCAAAUUUAGAAGGGCUAGGUCAGUAGGUCUCAUCAAAACACCAGAAACAGAGUCGAGAAGUAAAAUUCCUACCUCAGCUAGAAGAUCGGCAAGUAGAAGACCUCUAGUAAGACAAUUAGAAGCUGACAGCAAAGAAUUAGAAGAAAAACUAAAGUCUACCAGUAAAGGAAGUGGAGAUGAGUCUUUGAAAAAUAUAAAUGGUCUAGCUAAAGAUGACGUAUUGAUAGCCAAAACAAUAUUGAAAGGUGUUGAAGGUGCUGAAAAACAUAUUGAAUUAAUUGAAGAGCAUUUGAGUAAUUUGGAAAAUGGUGAAGUUAAAUAUGAUCCAAAAAAAUUGCGGGAAGAAAUUGAAGCUUCUUCUGAGAAGAGUCACGAGAGGAAAUUUUCAACUACAAAUACUGAUAAAGAAUUGUCCAAAAAGUUACCUCUGGAUAGGUUGAGCAAUGCUGCAUUGGUGAUUCAAAAAAUUUGGAAAGGAUUUCAAGCAAAAAAAUUUUUGAGAGAGAAUAGAACAUUUGGAGUUGAUAAUGAUGAGAAGGAAGCAAAUAUUGAACAAGAUGAUAAAUCUAAAACUGAGAAUUUGGGAGAUUCAAAAGAUGCUAAUGUUCCAAUAGACAAAAAAGAAGAGGAGGCUGCGAUUAAAAUUCAAUCUGCAUGGAAAGGAUUAGUUGUUAGGAGGAUGUUACGAAAUAAACAGAACUCGUUUAAUAAAGAUGAAAGAGCCAUCAUUACCAUUCAGGCCAUAGUAAGAGGAUUUCUGCAAAGAAUUAAGUAUGAGAAACUGAAGAUCAAAAAGAUAAAGACUAUCAAGGAAGCUGAUACCAAAAUAAAUUCAGGCGAUGAUAAGGGACUUGGUGUAGGAGCAGGUGCAUCUACAACUGAUCAAAAUGUGGAAAAAGAUCUUGCUAAAAAUAUAACUGAGGAAGAAAAAGACAAUGAAAAUAAAAUUGUUAACUCUAGUAAUGAACAUCAAGAAGAAAAAAUUGCAGAACUUAAACUCGAAAGUAAUUCAUCAAAAGUAGUACAUUCUAAAGAAGAAGAAAAAUCUAAAAUGGUAAAAGAUUCAAUUGGAAUUUUGCAAAUUGGCAAAGAUUCGAUAAAUUCGAAGGAAGAAUCUAAUAAUUUGGCCAGUGGACAAAAAUCCAGUGCUUUAUUGAAUUCUCAAACCGCCAGUCAAGAUUUAUUGCAUUCCAGUGAAUUCCACGCUACAGCAUUUUUUCCUCGGAGUAGUAAAUCACUGGACGCUUUCGAUCCUAAAGAAGCUGAAUCCGUAAGUCUAAGUGAAGCUGGAAAUUUGAAACAUUCCAGUGAGUUUCAUGAUAUUGUGGUUACGCCUUUGCCAUCAAACGAAUCUGAUGUGAAUAUUGUGGAGGUGUCUAAAAUGAUUUCGCCUGGAACAAGUCAGGAUCAAGUUGUAAAACAUUCAAAUACUAGUUCUCAAGAGGUAAUCAGUCAAAAGGAUGAAGAUCAAAAGAAUUCUAUUGGUGCCAAAGGUGAAAAUAUUGAAUUGAAAGAUGUAGCAAAUGAUGAGAGAGGAAAAGAUCAAAUGGACAAUUUAAACACUACUAGUUAUACAAAAGAUGCGGAUAAAAAUUUAAAAGAUGUUAAUGUGGGUGGAGAUGAUGUUUUAAAGGGAAGCAAAGUUGAUGAAGUAGAUAAAGAUAGUUACAGUAUUAAAACAGCGGUUGAAGAGAAUGAUUUUGAAAAUACAGAUGCUAAAGUUGUUGAUGGAGACAAAACGAAUGUAGGGAAAGCGGAAGACAAGUAUGAUAAAUCGGAAGAUGUAAACAACAAAAGUUUCCGAGAAAAUAAACUUGGUGAUAAACUGGAUGAUGAAGCAACAGUUAAUGAAAGUAUCCACGUAAAAACUGCCGAAGCAGGCAAUUCGAGUGAAGCAAUAUUAGAAGCAAUAGAUAAUAAAGAUGAUCCUAAAACAGAAGAGAGCAGAAGUACUCUAGACAAAAAUGUAGCUAGUAAGGAUUCAGAACAAAGCACAGCUAAUGCAGAAAACGUUGAAGGAAAAUUAGAAAAAUCAGUAGAUAACAUAAAUCUCAUAAAUGCUCCAGAUGAGAGCAAAAUUAGUACAACAGACAAUGUGGGAAAAUUAAAAAAAGCAGUACCUGAUAAAAUUUGCAAAGAUAAUGCAAUAGAUGAAAUUUCUUCCAGUAAAUCACUAAAAGUCAGUUCAACUGAAGAAAAAAUAGAAAAUGAAGCAGAACAUAAGAAUGCAGAAGUAAAUGGAACUAAUUUGUGCGGAAAAGAAGAAAUAGUAGAAUCUACAAAUAUACAAAGCCAAAAUGGUAAAACAGACAAAUCAAGCAUGACAAAAUUAGGGCACGAACCUACAGUAGAUCUUGUUAACUUAUUUGCUACAGCAAAAACUAAUGAAGAUUUAACAACAAAUUCAAAUAUAGAGAAAAAUAAAGCAAAAGAUUUGGAUGGCAAUAAUGAAGACGAAACAAAUAAGGAUUCUAAAAAAGAAAUAGUGGAAGAUUUACAAACAACAAACAAAAAUGAAGAUAUCGAUACAAAACAUGCCAAAAAUCUUGGAUCAAAAGAAAUAGAAAGCAGAGAAGCUUCACAAACAACAAAUGAUAAAUCAGGAGAUAUAGCUGGUGAUGAAACAGGAAAAACAAUUAAUACUGUUAACGAAAAGGAAUCAGAAUUUAUCAAUGUUCCCAAGAAUGAACUCGAAAAUUUACCCCAAACAGGACUGAAUGGUGAAAAAUCCUCAGAAGUAAAAGCCUGUGAAGCACAGACAAAUGAUAAUAAAGAGGAAACAUCAAAUCCAAAAGAAACUAACAAUUCUGUCGACCAAGGUAACAAAAUGAAUGAAAAGCCUGAUUUUUACAGAUCUGAUACAGUAGUAGAACCAGAAAUUAUUAAAAAGUAUAUCCCACAUUUACAUGAAAGCUCUACUGAUUCAGAACCACCUCAGCAAGAUGGCAAAGAUGACAAUAACAAUACAAGCAAAGACGAAACUGAUUUAGAAAAGGAUGUGAGAUCUACAGUCAAAAAAAUGCUAAGUACUACGCCUCUUGAAAUGGAAAUAACAGAAGCAGUAAAGAAUAUAAUCGAUACACCUAUAGAGAAACCUAAGUUUGACUCAAUGAUGUCUGUAGAUACAGUUUUAAAACAUCUCCCUGAAGUACCUACAGAAGAAAUUCCUAAAACUAUUGUGCAAAAGAACUUGGAAAAUAUAAAACAAAACACUGCAGUUUCAGAAGAUUUCAAGCAAAUAAAGGACAAAAAUAACGAAAUCCAUACUCAAAUAAGUCAAAACAAGACCUUUGACAACGAUGGCAGUAGUGGUUCAUUAGAAAUGCCCACCGAUGAGGUGAGUAGCAUGGAUUCAACUGUGACAGUUAUACUUAAACCCAAACAAGAUAAAGAUGCUAACGAAAUGAAAAAAUUAUCAAAUAAAGCCCUAUCAACUAGCGCAAUAGAAGAUCAUGUGGUGCUUCUAGAUCAAGUCCAAAACUCGUUAUUAGAUCAACUAUCAGGAAAACCCCUAGACACAAAAAGUAAAUUUGACAUAGAUCAACUACGUAAGGAAUUACAUGACGCUUCUACAAUGUAUACUAAUGAAGAUCAUGAAAAUGAUAAUGAUCAUGAAGUAAUGGAUUAUUUAUACGAUUUUGAACCGGAAGAUGAAGCUUACGAUACCAGAAUGGUUAGAACCCCUUUAAGAGAAUUGCCUGAUAUCGCUGAAGAAACUGAAAGCAAAGAAGAAGAUGGAUUUUGUGGAACUUCACAUCUAAAUAACGAAGCAGAAAUAAUACAACCCCCAAAAAGCCAUGAAAUAAUUAUCGAUAAUCAUAGCAUAAAAAUCGAUAAAGACGAUCAAAAAUUAUUACACUCCAGUGAGUUACAUGAUAGUGUACUUGUUCCUACACCUUACGAGUUCUUGCACCCAUCGCAUAUUGAAAAUGCCAACUUGAAACAUACAAGUGAAUUUCACGAUACUGUGGUUUUGCCUUUGCCAAGUGGAUCCGAUGUAACAAUUACAAACGCUUCCAAUCAGGCCAGUUUGGAGGAACAUGGUAACGAAACAUCACCCCAAGUGCCUCCAGGUGCGUCGAAGACCGUGACGUCGCCGUCGCGACGAAGAUCACCGCAAAAUCGCAUCGGCGACUUUGCGCACGCGCAGCUUAAGGACACCUCACCCACCGGACCUAAGCCCGAUGGAUCGUCGCAUUCGUCGUUUUUCACGUCGCUGGUUUCGCCGCGUACCGUUAAUCAGAACAUGGAAAGUGAGCGAAACAACAACAACAACAAAAGAAAUAACGCGAUCGUACCAACUGCCGAGAAAAAGAUGGAAGUCCAAGCUGCUACUAAGAUCCAGGCUGGAUUUAGGGGAUAUCAAGUCAGGAAACAAUUAAAAGCGAAGACUGCUGCCACUGACCAAAAACGACUUCUCAGGAAAAGAAGUUCUCGCGAAAACAUGAAAGAAGCAAACCUGGAGGAACAAUCGGCCGUGAAAAUCCAGGCCGGAGUCCGAGGUUUUUUGGUUCGUAGAAGGCAAAGGAAACAAGUCAGCGGAUCUGCAUCAGCUUGAAUUGGACACUAUUCCUACGAAUAUUUAUUUCCUAAUUAAAAUACAAAAAUAACACAUUCUUUAUGUUAGUUAGAAGUAAAGAUUAUUAAAGCUUUUUACCAAAAUAAAUCUAUUUAGCAGCACAAAAAAACAUAUGUUUUUAACAAAAAAAAUCUAACUGUAUUAAAACAAAACUUUCAAAAACUUCAAUAAAACUGCUUUUAGAAUUGUUAUAUCUACUUACUGUUGCAUUUUUAUAUGGUGUAUAAAAAAUUAUUCGUGUAUUUUAUUUUGUACUCAGUAUUCUUAGAUUUAGUUUAUUAUACAAGCUAAGUUUAAUUUGGGGGGCUUAAAAGGUCUAAAAUUAUUCGGCUUUUGAAGAUUACGAAGGGAUAAUUUAGGUAAAUAGUCAUUAGAUGUAAGCAAUAAACCUAAUUUUGUAGAUUACCUACUUGAAAA